GAUGAAGCAGUGAAUGAUGGGGUGGGUUAGUGGGAAGGAAUCAGUUUCACUCUCAGUGGGAGUCACAAGCUAAAAGGAAGUAGUGGACAUUGCAGGCAUAAGAACACAUUCUAGCAGAUUCUAAGGUUGUUUCCUUCUGAAAGACCCACCUCAAUUUUCUCCACAUCUUCUCACUGUCAAAAUCUCCAUAGCAUCUGAAAUUAGAAGAAAGAACAUACAAUGAUCACCAAGAUCUCUUUUGUUGCAAUUCUCUCACUCCUCCAUAUCCUCCCAACUUCUCUCAUUUUGUACGCAAAAGCAACUUCCACCAGUAGAGACACACUAGAGCUCUCCAUCGGCAGCGGCAGCAGCGGCUCAAACAAAGAUUGCGGUGAUAAACUUCUCGAGAACCCUGACAAAUCUCAAUGUCCACAGGCAAAAAUUCCAUUGUUAGGACCGGUUAUACAAGCACCCCUGUUAGGACCAAUAAUACAAGCACCCAUUGUACAAGAGAUCCUGAACUUUGUUGACCAGAGGCUUGCACUGGUAUACCCAGUGAUCCAGCUGUUCAAGUCCACAAUCACCUCAGAUCCUCUUGGCAUCACCAAAUCCUGGGUUGGCGCUGACAUUUGCAAGUACAAAGGCUUUUACUGUGAUAACCCACCUGACAAUAAAUCAGCCAUUGCUUUAGCUUCUAUAGACUUCAAUGGCUUCGGAUUAAGUGCUCCGAGUCUAGAUGGCUUCCUCGAUCAGCUCCCGGACAUCGCGCUCUUCCACGCCAAUUCCAACAACUUCGCGGGGGCCGUUUCCCCGGACAUCGCCAAGCUUCAGUACCUCUACGAGCUCGACCUUAGUAACAACAAGUUGUCGGGCCCGUUUCCUAUGGCGGUUCUCCGCAUGACCGAGCUCAUAUUCCUAGAUAUAAGGUUUAAUUCCUUCUCCGGGGCCGUACCUGCCCAGAUAUUUACUCAGGAUCUCUACGCACUAUUCCUCAACAACAACGGCUUCAAUCAGGCGCUGCCAUACGAGCUAGGGAACACACACGUGUUCUACCUCACCUUAGCCAACAACAAAUUCACCGGUCCGAUCCCGAGAAGCAUCGCGAGAGCCCUGUCCACUUUGACUGAGGUCCUGUUCUUGAACAACCGGUUUAGCGGCUGUUUGCCUUAUGAGAUUGGUCUGCUGGACGAGACUGUGGUCUUAGAUGCGGGUAACAAUCUGUUGACAGGCCCGCUUCCGCUCUCAUUGUUCUGCUUGGAGAAGGUGGAGCAACUGAACCUCGCAGGGAAUUUGCUCUACGGGAUGGUGCCGGAGCCAAUCUGCUGGCUAGGAUUGAAUCGGAACUUGGUGAACUUAUCUUUGUCGGACAACUAUUUUCAGUACGUCGGGCCUUGGUGCAGAGCGUUGAUCGAGAAGGGCAUACUCAAUGUGAGAAAUAAUUGCAUUCCUGAUCUUCCAUUCCAAAGGCCAGUAGCCGAGUGUGCACAUUUCUUCGCACGCCCAAGGCCAUGUCCACGGAUGUGGUCGUACUCCUACGUACCAUGUAAGCAUGCUCAGCUGGAUUCAUUGGUUCCUGGCAUUGCUCCUUCACCUUGAGAAUCUUGCUGGUUCUUCUCUUUUCUCUUCAAGUCCAAAUAUUUGUAAUUUAAAAACUGAAACAAAGUACUGUAAGUGUGAUUCAACUAAGAAUAAAUCUUUUUUUUUU